GGAAACAGUUUGUUUUUUCGUCCUCACUGCAGAGAGAUACAUAGACUGAAAAACACGAUCAGAUUCACUUUCAGAUCAAACUAACAACUUCCUCUGAGUGAGUUCAGCUACAGGAGAGAAAAGUGGAAAACUACAACACUGCUGCUUCAACCUGCUGACACUCCACACACUGACGCUUCACUCAGAGAUAAAAUGGCUUCUAGAUCAGAUGAGGAUUUCUACUGUCCAGUUUGUCACAAUGUCUUUAGAAAUCCUGUUGUUCUGUCAUGUAGCCACAGCUUCUGUAAAGACUGUCUGCAGAGCUGGUGGACAGAGAAACCAACACAGGAGUGUCCAAUUUGUAAGAAAAGAUCUUUGUAUGAACCACCUUGUAACCUGGUGUUGAAGAACCUGUGUGAGGCCUUCUUACUGGAGAGAGAUCAGAGAGCUUCAGAGGCUCUCUGCAGUCUGCACUCUGAGAAACUCAAACUCUUCUGUCUGGACCAUCAGCAGCCAGUGUGUGUCGUCUGUCUGCAUUCAGAAACACACUCCAACCACAGAAUCAGACCCAUCGAUGAAGCUGCACGACAACACAGGAAGGAACUUCAGGAAACUCUGGAGCCCUUAAAGGAGAAGUUAAAGGUUUUUGAACAAGUUAAAGUGAAGUUUGAUCAGACAGCAAAACACAUGAAGGUCCAGGCGCGACGCACAGAGAUGCAGAUUAAUGAGCAGUUUAAGAAGCUUCACCAGUUUCUAGAAGAGGAAGAGGAGGCCAGGAUGGCUGCACUGUGGGAGGAAGAGGAGCAGAAGAGUCAGAGGAUGAAGAAGAAGAUGAAGGCUCUGAGCAGAGAGAUAGCAGCUCUUUCAGACACAGUCAGAGCCACAGAGGAGCAGCUGAGAGCUGAAGACGUCUCAUUCCUGAUCAACUACAAGGCUGCAGUGGAAAGAGUCCAGCAGCGCCCCCUGCUGGAUGAUCCACAGCUGCUCUCAGGAGCUCUGAUAGACGAGGCCAAACACCUGGGCAACCUGAGCUUCAACAUCUGGAACAAGAUGAAGGACAUGGUCUCCUACACUCCUGUGAUUCUGGAUCCAAACACUGCUCAUCCAAAACUCAUCCUGUCUGAAGAUCUGACCAGUGUGAGAGGAGGAGAGGAACAGCAGCUUCCUGAUAAUCCAGAGAGGUUUGAUAAAUACCCCUCUGUCCUGGGCUCUGAGGGCUUUAACUCAGGGACUCACAGCUGGGAUGUCGAGGUUGGAGACAGGACACACUGGUUUCUGGGAGUGUUAGCAGAGUCUGUCCGGAGGAAAGGAUUCAUACUGUCUGGAUUAUUGAGAAUAGGGUUGUAUCAAGGUAAAUACUCAGCACGGUCAGCACCAGCUCCAGACACUGAUCUCAUACUGCAGAAGAAGCUCCAGAGGAUGAGAGUGAUUCUGGACUGGAACAGAGGAAAGCUGUCGUUCUCUGAUGCUGAUACUGACACACACAUACACACCUUCACACACACUUUCUCUGAGAAGAUGUUUCCAUACAUUAAAACUUGGUAUAAAGUCCCACUGAAGAUAUCACCAGUGAAGGUGUGUGUGACAGUGGAGCAGAGCAGUUAGAGAUAAAGAGGAUGAUUAUAUUCAUGAUGAUGUUUAUUUCUUAAAGGGAAUGUUCGCUGAAUUUCACCUCUUACUGUAAUUUGCACCUGUCAUCCUAAUGUCUCAUUAUUACAAAGAUAUGUUUCAUUUUCUUUUCAUUUGUUGUUUAGUUUGACAGUCUGCUUUUUGUUUAGUUGACCUUUUUAAAGAUUACAAUAAUCUAGCUGACACCUUUAUCCAUGCGAUUUACAAUACAAACCCAAAAAUUGCAGAAUUCUGCAAAAACAAUAUCUGCAUCAAAUAUGUUGAACUCCUGGGGGCCUGGGUGAACUAGUGGUAGAGCACACGCCCAUAUAUAGAGGCUCUGUCCUCGACACAGAGGCUGCAGGUUCAAUUCCGACCUGUGGCACUUUUCCUGCAUGUCAUUCCCCCUCUCUCCCCUCUCAUGUCCAAGCUGUCACAAAAAUAAAGACCUAAAUGUCAAAACAAUAAAAUAUGUUGAAGUGCUGCAGU